AUGAAAAAGUAAUCUUCAUACCAUUCUAAAACUGAGCCUUCUGUUCGCAAAUCUAAAAAAACACCUACAAGUCCUAUAAUGAAUGUUAAGACUGAAGAUUAAUUGACACAAAGUUAAAUAAAUAAUGAGUUUCUAAAAACGUAAUAAUCAUUCCGUAGUUCAGCAAGUCCCUUGGCUUAAAAUUCAUCUUUAAGGUAAACUAUUUAAUAUCUUAUAUAGUUCUAAAGCAACAUACUCAUCAAAGACUUUAGUGUAAAAUCACUAAAAAAAAUAAAUGCAAAUCUUAUCAAAAUAGAAGAUGUAAAAUAUGCAUGAACGUUCAAUUAUAAAAGUGAUGGGUUUGAAUAUGGAGGCUGUAUGUCAUAAGAGAAAUCAUGAAAAUAAUAAAAUGUUAUACUUUUGUUAAUUUUCAGAUUGUAAGGCUGAUAGUAGAAUAGGUUGUUCAUAUUGUUUAGUAGAAUAACAUAAUGAUCAUUCUACUUAGAUAAUGGAAGUACAGACUUUCUGUAAAUUAUUUGAUGAUAAAAAAAAGCAAGUAAAAGUAUAGUCAAUAAUAAUAUAGUUUAUAAAUUUAAGUGAAACAAUCUUAAAAUCACCUGAUAAAACAUAAGAAAUCAAAUUUUAUUUUGAUUAACUUAAAUAAUAUCUAUUAGAUCGUCUGUUUUUUAUAGAAAAGAAUAUUUUGUAAUCAAUGAAUUAGUAAUUAGAAUGGAAUCCAUUAGAAAAAGAAUUAAUUAAUCAUAUAAUUAAUUUAGGUUCUAAAAAUAUAUAUGAGAUGUCUUAAGAUGAAUUAAAGGAAAGUUUAGAUUUUAUAUAAGGUAAACAUAUUUAAUAAUUGGAAUAUAUGAAAUAAGAAACAAAUAAUUAUUUAAGUUAAAAAAUAAAUUAAGUUGAAAAAUCUUGGAAUGAAUAUAAAAAAUAAUUAGAAGUUGAACUCAGUCAUCUUUUAGAUGAAAAUAAUAAAUUAGUAUUCUUAGAUCCAAAAAGUAAAGAAUUCCUAGAAUACAAAUUAAAUUAUUAUCAAUAAAAAGAAAAGAAAGUUAAAGAAAUGCGAGAACCAUUUUUUACAUAAUUAGCUGUAAUUCAAGAAGAAGAAUAAUAAUAAUAAGAAACUUUGAAAAAGAUAAUGGAUUUAUAAAAUUAAGAGUAUAAUUCAAAAGAUGAAUAAAUUAAGAAAGAAAAUGAUAAGCUUAAUAAGGCUGAAUAAUUCUUAAAAUAAUAAAAAGAAAAAAAAUAAUAUGAAAAAGAGAAAGAAAGAGAAAAACUACUUUUAACAUUUCCUUACAAAAUAUAUACAGAAGAAUGUGGUCAUAGAGUCUAAUGUAAUACUAUUCCCAUUUUUGGAUGUUGUAAUAAAGCCUAUCCAUGUACUAAAUGUCAUGGGAGUAUUGCUCAUCCAGCAAGAAUCCAAUUGCCUAGCUAUAGAUAUUGUAUGAAAUGUCUUGAAAUAUAUCUUGUGAUGUAUCCAACCAAUUAUUCUAUAAAUUGUCUGAAAUGUUAAAAAUGA